GAGUCACUGGCUUUUGCAUACUUGUCUUCAAGAAUUUCUCUUUUACUAAAAUUAAAACCUUCCAACCAGAAGCUUCCCAAAUAUGUAUCAAUCGAAUACAUGUCUGCUUUUUACCUCAUCAUUUGUACGUCUUCAAUUUUGACAAAACUAGAUAGAGGGUGCGUCUGUGUCACCUCACCCUGUAGCUGUACUAUAAUAUAUAUGUAUAUAUAUAUGUAUGUAUAGAGAUAAUUGGAUUAGGGCAUGCACUAGUGUGGCAGAAUGAUUAUGGUUUUGAGGAAGAUGAUGAUGAAGACAGCCUCGUCGAGAUCUGGUUUGAUCAUGAGGAUCAACCUCGUCUUCUUGGCAUUUUUCUUGGUGCUUUACUCCAUCGUUCUUCUUUGCCCUUCUGCUUCUGAUUAUCACCAUUCUUCGAUUGUUCGAUGCUCAUUGAGCGAAUGCCAUCAUCGCCAUCAUCAUAAGGUUUUGGAGAAUGGGGUGAAGAUGGAAGUGGUUUUGUCAGCGGGAGAAUUGGGGAAGCCGAGGUUUUUGAAGGGGGUCGGGACGGGGAUGAAGAUCGGAGUGGUGAAUAUGGAGGAGGAGGACAUGUCGGAAUGGGAGGCGAUCGGAGAAGUGAUUCCGGUGCCGUUUCAGAAAGUGUCGCCGGCGAUGGAAUGGAAGGACCUGUUUCCGGAAUGGAUUGACGAGGAGGAAGAAACCGAUGGCCCGUCUUGCCCGGAAAUUCCGAUGCCGGAUUUCGACAGGUUUGGAAGCCUGGACAUGGUCGUCGCCGGACUGCCCUGCCGGUCGCCGGAGGAGGGCUGGAACCGGGACGUGUUGAGGCUCCAGGUGCAUCUCGUGGCGGCCAAUCUGGCGGCGCGGAGAGGGAAGAAAGGGACGACGACGGUGGUUCUGCGGAGCAAGUGUACGCCGAUGGUGGAGAUUUUCCGGUGCGAUGAGGUCGCCGGAAGAGAAGGGGACUGGUGGCUUUUCCGGCCGGAUUUGGACAGGUUGAUGCACAAGGUUUCACUCCCUGUCGGCUCCUGCAAUUUGGCUAUGCCUCUGUGGGGUAAAGGGAUCAACGAAGCUGUAAACGACGUCGUUUCAAAGAGGAAAACCAGCGAAACGACGUCGCAGCGACAAGCCUACGCCACGGUCCUCCACUCAACAGAAGCCUACGUGUGCGGCGCAAUAGUCCUGGCCCAGAGCCUGCGCCAGACCGGGACCCGCCGGGACCUCGUCCUCCUGCUGGACGCCGCCAUAUCCGAACCCAAACGGGUCGCCCUUUCCCGGGCCGGGUGGAAGAUCCGCUUAAUAAAACGGAUCCGGAACCCUAAGGCGGAGAAGAAAUCCUACAAUGAGUACAAUUACAGUAAGUUCCGGCUAUGGCAGCUCACCGAUUACGACAAGGUCGUCUUCAUCGACUCCGACAUCGUCGUCCUCCGCAGCCUCGACGGUCUGUUCGAUUUCCCGCAGAUGUCGGCGACCGGCAACGACGGCUGGAUCUUCAAUUCCGGCGUGAUGGUGAUCGAGCCGUCAAACUGCACGUUCCGGACGCUGAUGAACCGGAGAGAGGAGAUCGUUUCGUACAACGGCGGCGACCAGGGUUUCCUCAACGAGGUCUUCGUCUGGUGGCACCGCCUGCCGCGGCGCGUGAACUUCCUCAAGAAUUUCUGGUCGAACACCACGGCGGAGGCCGCCGUGAAGAACCAGCUAUUCGGGUCGGAUCCUCCGAAUCUGUAUUCGAUCCAUUAUCUCGGGUGGAAGCCGUGGCUGUGUUACAGGGACUACGACUGCAAUUGGGAUGUUCCCGACCGGCGCGUGUACGCCAGCGACGUCGCCCACGCGCGGUGGUGGCGCGUGCACGACGCCAUGGAGGAGAGUCUGAAGGCCUUCUGUGGGCUGCCGGACUGGCGGAAGAAGGGGCUUCUGCGUGACCGGAAAGUGGCCGGAAAGUUGGGGCUGAAGGAUCGCCAUUGGAGGAUUAAUGUAACGGAUCCAAGAAGAUUUAUUUAAUCAUUUUUUUUUUUUUUCUUU